CCCCUGCUCCGCACCAGGCGGGGGUUGGGAGUCGUUUGAGGCGCGAGCUUCCUGUGCUUGCUUACAAGCUGAAUCCGCUGCGGGGUCCGUGGGCGGCCACGUACUGUGGCGUGCACCGCCGCAAGCAUGCUUGGUCGCCCUCCUGGCCACCCUGGGCUUGGGUGCCAGUGCUUGCCUGCACGUUGAUUGUCACUUCUUGAAAGCCACCGCCACUAUCAAGAUAAUCUAAACAUAUGCCUGCAGCUUAACUACAGAAGGUGAGGAAGAAAUAAAAGAGUCCCAAGAUGAAGAUUCUCCGGAAGGGGCUUUGAGUUAAAGAAGGCUUUUUAUACUUGAACGGUGUUAUCAUCUAAUGAAGAACACUGAAACAGCAGAUUGAAUAAAGCCUUGGAACAGCUAGAUUAGAGGUUUAGAAAAGAAAGUUAAAAUUAGUCACUUUGGUUUUUAGUGUUCCAACUUCAUAAUAUUUAUUCUUUAUUCUAAAUAGAUUUAGGGAGUAGAAGUUAAAAUUCAGUGCUAUACCAAAGGAAGCACUUAUAUUUGUUCUGUUUUUUUUCUUUUUGUAUGAGAGAAGAAGGUAGAUAACCAAGAGAUAUAGUGAUUCAUAAUGAAAUAUACUAAGUUGAAUUUUGUGAUGUCAGUUCUUGGCAUUAUAAUCUAUAUAGCUGAUUUAAUUGUGGACAUUUGGGUGACUGUCAGGUUUUUCCAUGAAGGACAAUAUGUUUUUGGUAUUUUAACAGUAGGCUUUAUGCUCUUUGGAACACUUGUGGUACAAUGUUUUAGUUAUUCUUGGUUCAAGGCUGAUUUAAAGGAAGCAGGCCAAGAAAUCCAGCAUUGUUUUCUUCUACUUCAUUGCUUGCAAGGAGGAGUUUUUACACGGUAUUGGUUUGCCUUGAAGAAGGGUUAUCAUGUGGCUUUCAAAUAUAGCAGCAAAACUGAUAACUUCGUGGAAGAACAAAUUGAUCCUCAUAAAGAAAUUAUAGAUAGAGUGACAGAUUUGAGCAUGCUAAGGCUCUUUGAGACCUACCUGGAAGGCUGCCCACAGCUUGCUCUUCAGCUCUACAUUCUUCUGGAACAUGAGCAAGCAAAUUUCUCUCAGUAUGCAGCCAUCAUGGUCUCUUGCUGUGCUAUUUCUUGGUCAACUGUUGAUUAUCAAAUAGCUUUAAGAAAAUCUUUGCCAGAUAAAAAUCUCCUUACUGGACCCUGCCCCAAACUCAUAUAUCUCUUUUACAAGUUGUUUACAUUAUUAUCUUGGAUGUUGAGCAUUGUACUUCUUUUAUUCUUAAAUAUUAAGAUUGCUUUAUUUCUGUUGUUAUUUCUUUGGGUUUUAGGCAUAUUGUGGGCAUUUAAAGAGGACACUCAAUUUUGUGCUUCCCAGGGAAUGGAACUGUUGUAUAGGAUUGUCGUUGGAUUCAUUCUUGUCUUUACAUUUUUUAAUAUUAAGGGACAGAAUACCAAAUGUCCCAUGUCUUGUUAUUAUAUUGUAAGAGUGUUGGCCACAUUGGGGGUAUUGAUUGUGUUCUGGUUUUACCCACUCUCUAUUUUUAAUUCAGAUUAUUUUAUACCUAUCAGCGUCACUAUAGCGCUUACUCUUCUCCUUGGAAUUAUCUUUCUUCUUAUUUAUUAUGGGACUUUGCACCCAAACAGAAGUGAAGAAACAAAAAUGGACGAAAUUGAUGGAAAACCAGUUCAAAGCGAUUGUAGGAUGAAGUAUUUCCUAAUGGAAUAAGCUAUUCACUUAUGAGAUAUGUUUAAUUUUUUUGUUUUAUUGGUUAGUAAAGAAAAUGUUUGUGUAUGUGUA